AUGUCAUCUGACAAGCAUUGCUGUGUUCCUGGAUGUAAGGAUACGGAAGGACCAUUAUUACUAAAAAGGUUUAUUAAUACAUCUGCUAAAAGACAGCCGCUGCAAAAAAUUCUGGACCUACAAAAACCAUCAAAAUCGUCAGAUCCAUUUCAACUCAUUGUGCAUAUAUACAACCUACAUCAACAAACAUUGAAUAAGUUGACAUACACAAAGAGAAUAUAG